CACAAAUUAAUAAUAACACUAAAACCAUCUUCAUAUUCCGUCUCUCUGUCUCUCUCUCCACCUUCAUAGCCAUGAAGGUGCUUCCACUAAUCUUCAUGAUAGCCAUAACAAUGGCUUUAACCAUCACUCUCACCACAAAAAAGACCGAAGACAAAGAAGCGAAACCACCUUUCGACCUCAUCGACACUCCAGGGAAGCUAACACCAUCGAAGAAGGUAAGUCGCUUCCUGGCUCAGCAAAAUAACCCUAGAUCAUCUGAUCAUUGCCAAAAGGACCAUGCCAUUUGUAACCUAGAACCCGAAGACGGGCACUACAAAAACUCUACAUGCUGCAACAACAAGUGUGUGGACUUGACAACCAACCACAACAACUGCGGUGCGUGCAAACGAAAAUGCGAGUUCACAGAUGCUUGUUGCAGUGGAAAAUGUGUCGAUUUGGCUUAUGACAAGGGGCACUGUGGGAGCUGUGGUAACCGCUGCAGCAAAGAUCGCCUCUGUAUAUAUGGAAUGUGUGAUUACCCUUAACAAGGAGGGUUCAUCAAUUCAUUUGAUCAUGAGGUUUGUCAUUCAUAUAUAUAGAUUCGUAUUAAUCAAUAAAACACACCACGUUGGUGGUUCACACAAUCUUACAGUUUCUUUCUGCUUUAUAUAUAAUCAUUUUCAAUGAUUUGCUAAGUGUAUGCUAUUAAAGACAAUUUAAGUGAUAUAUAUGUGUAUUAAUAAAUUACUUUUGUUAAAUACCAAAAAAAAUAAGUUACUUUUGUUUUGUUAGCUUACAUUUGUUAGGGUUAGAGAGGGACUUAAUGUUCUAUGGAAGUGAGAAAUUUUCAUUGCUUUUGGGUUAUUUGUGUAGUGAAAGGAAAUUUGGAAAUCCUUUUUCCUGUUGGUUAUUUGUAUAGCGGAAGGGAAUUUGGAAUUCCUCUUCCUGUUCAGAAUGCAUGGAAAUAAAGAAUGCCAAAAUUU